AUGCGAUUACUCAGUUUUCGAUUUUCACUGAAAGCUAUUAUAUUGUCGAAACAAUUGGAUCGCUCAGAAACGGCAGGAUUCCAACAGUUCGCUAUUGAUGAAUUGAAACGCUCCGUUUGCGACCACACAUCAGUCCUUGCAACAACGUGCGAUCGUUUUGUGGAGGGCGUGGUUCCGCGACUUGUCAGCAAAUUCGCUCACAUCAGCAAAUCUGGGGACUUCUGUGCCAAGGUUCGUUUCAUCUUACGAUCCAUCCCUACUGUUAGAGGAGAAGUGAAAAUUCGUCAACUUGAUCAGGCACAUAAUGAAUAUUACCUCAUCAUACCUGUUAUGGCAUUUGAACAAGAUUAG